CCACGACACAGAGACAAGAAUGCACAUACUGUCAACAAAACAGUACAAGUGAUGUAGUGAAAUGCAUUUAACGUUGUAAUUGUAGGUGUAUCAAUGUGGCGAAUAAAUUAAUUAGAGAUAGUUGUUGUUUGAGGUUAGACUGGAGCUAUGGGGUUCUUGCAUCAACUCCGACUUCUACUUUGGAAAAAUCUUGUUUUAAAAAAACGAAGCCCGAUCGUUGUUUUAUUUGAGCUAAUCAUUCCAUUGGUUCUAUUCUUCAUACUGCUCUCAAUUCGUUCACGGAAUCCCUCAGAACCUAAAAAGCAACAAUACUUUGUUGCCCAGCCUCUACCAUCAGCUGGUGUGAUACCUGUCCUCCAACAAUUCUGUCCUCGUACCCACAGAGACAACUUUGGUUUUCCAAAUUAUCCAAAUGCUCAGGUGCGACCUUUUCUAGAAGAGCUUUACCAGGUCAUCCAGGACAAUGACCUUUAUCCUCAAGAUUUUCCCAUCUCUGAUUUGGAGAAAAUGCCAGAUGCAUUGCACGAACUGCUUGCAGAUUACAAUACAAUCGAGAAUCAAUUUUCAAAUUCACAAGACUUAGUUGUCAUUUCCAUUUUAAAUGACCCAGCUGCAUUUGAGGACUACCUUGUUCGAAAUCUGAGUAUACCUGAAGAUGAGGCUGAUCAAAUUAUCCACUCAGAGAUUAACACUCAAGAGAUUUUUCGCUUGCUAUAUGGCAAUCCACCUAGGCCUAUCAAUGACAGUCCUUCCAAAUUCUAUAACUACACUGAUUUCCAGAUGGACUUGAACCAUCGACUGUCUGGGAUCGAUAAUGGCAUGGUUUAUCGGCCGUAUUCCAAUAAAGAUAUUUUCACUCCAGAUGGAAUUGCUGAUGUUCUAUCAUGGACCGGAGGACUGACUAGAACGCAAGCAUCUAUUAAAGCGAUGGUGGCUGACGAUUCAAAUACAACCACACCUCUGAAUGCUACAGAAUUAGUCGAAGACUUUAAGGAUAAUUUAGUGAGUCCAGAUGGUCUACAGGAUAUUGCCUGCAAUAAAAGAGACAUUGCUCAAAUAUUCAAUACAUCUCGGGGCAACAUAACAGGUGAUUAUUUGUCACGUUUGUGCAAUGAGGAAGGUGCAUCAGAUGUUUUUGAGGAAUUCUCCCAAGUUUUACGUGAUCAACUUAAUUCUAAGAUAAUAGCAGACAAGCUGAAUAUAUCUCUGAACGAUUUGAUGAAUACGAGGAAGUAUGCUGAGAAGGCUUUAGCCGAUUUUCAGACAUUUGCUACUUUUGAAAAACAUCUUUAUGAUUUAUAUGUACUGGCAUCCAAGUUACCAGAGGGUAACUGUCCAAAACCACCAGAACCAGCAACAACAACGCCCUCAAUUGAGGAUGUGGAAAUGACCACGGUGAAGAGUAAAGUUUCAGAAGGGGUAUCAGAUAAACCAGAUGACAUAACAACGGUACCGUCAAAUACAGUUAGUUAUGAUAGUGGCGACGACAAUGAUGAUAUGUUGUACAACGCUUCCGAUACCGACGAGAACUUUUUCACAACAGUUACGACACAGAUGCACACAAAAAUGAAGGUCACACCGGUGCCCCUGGUGAAACCUAAGAAAAAAGCAGAAGAUGCUAAAAAGAAAAGAAAAAUUAGCCCCCAGAAGAAAAAACUUCUUAGGUUAUAUAGACUCUGGGCUAAUAUGCAGCCGGUUUUGUGCGGGAAGGAAGUUCGGACGGCUACCGACGAGCAGAUGGAGAAUGGGGACUACAAAGCGCUUGGUUUUGAUCACCAUCAAAAGAGAAGCUUUGAGAUUUUAGUCCAUAUUUUGUUCAGCAACCCAAAAAUACUAUAUGCACCAAAUACAACUGAUGUGAAUGCUGUUAUUAACCAAGCCAGUGAUUUUAUCUUUCUUUUCAACAACAUGACACACUUAUCAAAUGUAUGGCUGAAUGUUUCCAAGGAGAUAAGGGAGCAACUCUUUGACAACAGGACAGAGAGGGCGGUAGAGUGGAUGGCAGUGAUGCAAAAGGAGCUAUACAAUCAUAACAUGCUUUUUCCCAACAUAAGCCUGAAUGUUUUCCCACGGGAAUAUAUAUAUAAUGCUACCAACAAUGCCACAUCGGUGCUUUUGAAAGAGUUGAACACCAUUGAUAAUGCUGCUUGUGCCUGGCUGGAGAUCGCAUCUUACUUCAAUAUGGAUAUCUUCAAACCGUUUCCAAGUGAGGAGGCUCUGGUUGACUAUGUCUUGCAUCAGGCUGCAGCAGACAAUGUUACUGUUCUUGCAAAUGUUGUUUUUCAAGUGGAUAGGAAUGGUGAACUUCCACCACACACUGUAUUCAAGAUUCGUCAGAACUCGUCGUUCACAGACCGCACAGAUUUAAUCCGGAAACGUUACUGGACACCGGGAUCAAACCACCGUAAUAUCCUGGGCUAUUACACGUAUGGCUUCGUUUGGAUUCAGGACCUUAUAGAGAGGGCAAUCAUCGACAUGAGGGUUCAACGAAAAGUGACUGAGCCAGGAAAUUACGUGCAGGAAUUUCCAUAUCCUUGUUAUAGACAUGAUAAGUUUUUGUUUACAAUCGAACACAUCAUGCCAAUGAUUAUGAUCAUUUCCUGGGUUUAUUACGUGUCUAUGCUGACCCAGAGCAUUGUGUAUGAGAAGGAGAAAGGUUUGAAAGAGGUAAUGAAACUUAUGGGACUAAGCAAUGCAGUGCAUUGGGUGGCCUGGUUCAUCACUAGUUUCUUGGAGAUGUCAAUAACUAUAAUUGGCUUGGUUUGCAUCCUCAAGUAUGGAGAUGUCCUAGUCUACAGCAAUCCAGUGAUCGUGUGGCUUGUCCUCACAACUUUCUCAAUCGCCACCAUCAGCUUCUGCUUCAUGGUCAGCGUGUUAUUCUCAAAAGCUAGGCUAGCAGCAGCCUGUGCUGGUAUAAUGUACUUCACUAGUUAUGUACCUUACCUGUACAUUGGCAUCAGAGAGGAGACAGCUUUUCAGGACAUAUCACUCCUAGCAAAAAGCAUUGGUUCGCUGUUGUCAACCACAGCCUUUGGACUGGCAGCUAAGUACUUUGCAUUGUAUGAGGAGGAAGGUGUGGGUGUCCAGUGGAGCAACAUCCAUCUGAGCCCGGUAGAGCAGGAUGAAUUCAACCUCCUUAAGGUGAUCAUCAUGAUGGUAAUCGAUGCCUUCCUGUACCUGAUUCUCACCUGGUAUAUUGAGGCGGUACAUCCAGGUUCAUACGGCUUGCCCAGGCCAUUCUACUUUCCCCUGCAGUGGUCCUACUGGUUCGGUAACUCGUCUAGCUCUUGUUGCCCAGGCUCUCAGGGAAAAUACAGCAACAUGUCACUGAUGGACGAUGACCAAUCAUUUGCCAUGGCAGAAGCUGGACAAGGCCCUCAUAUGGAACCAGAGCCAUACCACUUGAACAUGGGUGUGUCAAUCAAGGGGCUUACCAAAGUGUACAAGACAGGCAAGAAGCUAGCAGUCAACAACCUUAGUUUGAACCUGUACGAAGGUCAAAUAACCUCAUUCUUGGGACAUAAUGGGGCUGGCAAAACCACCACGAUGUCCAUUCUGACUGGCUUAUUCCCACCUACUAAUGGGACAGCGACCAUAUAUGGCAAUGAUAUCCGCUCGGACAUGCUGGUGAUUAGGAAGAGUCUUGGAAUGUGUCCCCAGCAUAACGCACUCUUUGACAAAUUAACUGUUGAAGAGCAUGUUUGGUUUUAUGCAAGACUGAAGGGUACACCAAGCAGCUGUAUCAAGAAGGAGAUGGACAAAGUGAUCGGUGAUAUUGGAUUGAUGAAGAAGCGUAAACAGAAGGUUAAAGGGUUGUCUGGUGGAAUGAAGAGAAAGUUGUCAGUUGCAAUUGCAUUUGUCGGUGGAUCUCGCACAAUUAUUCUUGACGAACCAACUUCAGGAGUUGACCCUUAUGCUAGGCGAGCUAUCUGGGAGCUCCUACUGAAGUACAAAAGUGGUCGAACAAUUCUUCUCUCAACGCAUCAUAUGGAUGAGGCAGAUCUGCUCGGAGACCGUAUCGCAAUCAUAUCUCACGGGCAGUUAAAGUGCUGCGGCAGUUCACUGUUCUUGAAGGCCACUUUUGGUGAUGGGUAUCGACUGACACUCGUCAAAAGACGUUCUGAAACUGACUCAUCUAACGGGAGCAUAAGUAGUGACUCUGCAUUGAGUGAUUCUUUAAAUGCAUCAAAAACAUCUGCAUCAUUCCAUUCCAAUGCCUCAGAGGCUACCGUCACCUCAUUCAUUAAGACCUACAUCAGGAAUGCCGAGCUGACAUCAGAAACCAUCCAAGAGCUCUCCUACAUCCUGCCAUCUGAUGCUCAGAACAAGGGCAUGUUUGAGAAGUUCUUCAAUGCUCUUGAAGAAAAUAUGAGCAACCUAGAGAUCACUAGUUAUGGACUGGCGGACACAUCUCUAGAGGAUGUGUUCCUGAAGGUGUCAGAGAAGACAGGAGCUAACAGCGCAACCAUGAAAGAUGAUAAGAAGUCAUCCAACUCCUGGUUUGGAUGUCUUACAAAUAGCAGCUGCCGUCCAUCUGAAAUGGAAUUGCAAGAUGUGAACGAAGAACCAAGCACGUCAUCUGGAUCAAGCUUAAAUGAUGAUGAUGAUGUACCUCUCCUUGAAACAGAGGAAACACCUCCCAUAGAAGUGGAGAGCGGUGAAGGUUUGGACAUCAGCACUACUUACGUGACCGGAUUUUUUCUGUACACAAGUCAAUUCUAUGCACUUUUUGUCAAACGUCUUCAUCACAUCAAACGCAACCGCAAAGGACUAUUCUCCCAACUAUUGCUUCCAGUCUUCUUUAUCUGUGUUGCUAUGACGGUGGCACUUGCUGCCCCUCUGAUGGGUGAUCUCCCGCCUCUUAUACUCACCCCUUCUCAAUACCACCCUUUAACAAACCCAAGAGGGAAUUUCAUUCCUCAUACGAACGAAGCACUGAACCCACGCCAACAUGCUAAAAUAUAUCACUCAAUAUAUGGCGAUGCAACGCCUGAACAACUUACUGAAACCUUGAAGAUGCCUAGCGGUGUGGGUGCGACAUGUGUCGUGAAGACACCAUUCAACAGUACUCUUGAUGUGCAGUUAAAAGAGUUGAAUUACUCGUCCAGUAUUAAACUCACGGAUAAGUACUACGAUUCAAUGUGUAGACAGUCUUUCAAGAAAGGUCACAUGCUAAAAAACUACGUCCCAGAACCACCAAAACCAGUGACCAAGUAUUCGCCCAUAGCACCUGAACAAUGGAACGAGAAUGGUACAUCCAGAGGUGCUGUGCGAGAGAUUACAUGUAGGUGCUCUGAUGAUAACACUGGAUUCUCUUGUCCGGUUGAAGUAGGUAGCCCUUACCCUGAAGUCAUGAAAGUGAUCACAAGUGAUCGUAUGUUGAACGUUGACAGGCGGAAUAUCACACGGUACAUACUCUACACUACAGACAAAUAUAGGUUGCACAGAUAUGGUGCAUUUUCUGUUGGUAAUGUUCGUGAAUACGUGCCAAAGAUGUAUCAGGAUAUGUCAGCACCAGAGUACCGUAAGAUUGCCGUCAGAAAUGCAGCUAUGGCCUUCCAUAACCACAAAGGUUUCCAUAGCAUGCCAACAUAUAUCAACGUAAUUAACAACCUUAUACUGCGUGCAAACCUUGAUCCUGAUAUUCAUGGCAACCCGGCAGGAUAUGGCAUCACCGCCAUCAACCAUCCGAUGAACAAAACCAGCUACAAUAUUGAGAAUGACUACAUUGUUCAAGAGGGUACGAAUAUGGUCAUCUCAAUCUUCAUCAUUGUCGCAAUGUCAUUUGUACCCGCCAGUUUUGUUGUGUUCCUCGUUGCUGAGCGGUCUUCCAAGGCUAAACAUCUGCAGUUCAUUAGUAGUGUAAACCCAGCUGUCUACUGGUUGUGCAAUUUCUUGUGGGAUAUGAUGAACUACAUGGUACCAGCAAGUUGUUGUAUCCUCAUUUUAAAGCUUUUCAACAUUCCAGCAUACGCAUCACCCACAAACCUGCCAGCUGUUAUCAUUCUCUUCCUUUUAUAUGGGUAUUCCAUUACACCUAUGAUGUAUCCUGCAUCAUUUUACUUCAAUGAAUCCAGUGCUGCAUACGUCUUCCUUAUCAUCAUCAAUCUUUUCACCGGUAUCACCACGGUUAUAGCUAGCUUCAUGCUGGAGCUCUUCAACUAUGAUGAGGAGCUGAAAGAAGUUUAUGAAUUUUUACACAAGGCUUUCUUAAUGUUCCCCAACUAUUGCCUUGGCAAGGGCCUCAUGGAUUUGGCCUAUAAUGAGUUUUGGAAUGAAUUUUACUAUAAAAUAGGUGAAGAAGAUAAAGCUAAAAUGCCAUUUGAAUGGGAUGUGAUGACACGAAUGUAUGUCAUUAUGGGUAUAGAAGGCCUAGCAGCAUUUAUAUUCACUAUUUUAUUAGAGUACAAGUUCUUCAUCAGACCAAUAAGAAGACUUGGAAGGAAGCGUGAUCUAGGAGAAGAAGAUGAAGAUGUCGCAGAUGAACGCCGUCGCGUUUUGAGCGGAGAGGCAAACGAUGACAUUCUACGCAUUGAAAAUCUUACCAAAGUUUUCAAAUCGAGAUACUUUAGUAAGCAUUAUGCUGUGGAUAGGUUGUGUCUUGGAGUUCCCCAAGGAGAGUGCUUUGGACUACUUGGUGUUAAUGGUGCUGGAAAGACGACAACAUUUAAAAUGUUGACAGGCGACCAAGCGAUAUCCAAGGGUGAUGCGUUCCUGAACGGAAUCAGUAUAUUGAAGAAUCGGCUUGCUGUCUAUCGCUGUAUUGGUUACUGUCCACAAUUAGAUGCUCUCUUUGAUGAGCUAACAGCAAGAGAACAUUUACACUUGUAUGCUCGACUGAAAGGCAUUCCAAAGAAAGAUGAAAAUAAGUUGGUGGACUGGGCACUCAGAAAACUAGCUCUUGUGCAAUAUUCUAACAGGCCUGCCGGCACCUACAGUGGAGGAAAUAAACGCAAACUGUCCACUGCUAUAGCCCUUAUAGGGCGCCCUCAAGUUAUCUUCAUGGAUGAGCCAACGACUGGUAUGGACCCUCAUUCAAGACGAUUUUUAUGGGAUUUAAUACUCAGUAUGAUUAAAGAAGGAAGAUCUGUUGUACUCACUUCACAUAGUAUGGAGGAGUGUGAGGCACUUUGUGGCCGCCUUGCAAUCCUUGUAAACGGACGUUUCAAAUGUUUAGGCAGUAUACAGCACCUCAAGAACAAAUUUGGUGGCGGAUAUACUGUCAGCAUCCGUGUCAAAGGUCCCCAGCCAAACACUGCUCCAGUUAAGCAGUUUUUCCUUAAUGAAUUCUCUGAUGCAGAACUCAAGGAUGAGCAUCAUAACAUGUUACAAUACGGCAUCAUGCUCAGCAAUACCUCGCUCAGUGAAUUAUUCUCGCGCCUCGAGAGCAUGAAAGGGGUAUUGCAAAUAGAAGAUUACUCUGUUAGUCAGACUACUCUUGAUAAUGUGUUCAUAAAUUUUGCUAAAGAACAGAUGGGACAACUUGAUGAUUUUGUGGAUUCAAGUAAAGAACUGAAUGUGGACUCUAGCUUACAAUUGCAGAAUCUCAUGAGAGCCAGUAGUAAUGGAACCCUUGAUCUGGAGGAUGAUGAUGACGAACCUCUUCUCCAGAUGUUUGGUCAAAAUGAAGAAGAGAUAGUAUGUUAGGCUUAUGUUAUCAAUUUCACUCUG